UCUCAGGCACCCACGUGACGUGUGAAUACACGGACGAAGGUCAGUACUGUCAAAAAUGUGCCUAGCCUCUGACGUCAUAAGAAACGUAAUAUCGACCAAAGUAUUGGAUUCUAAAACCGGUUUCUCGUCCAUUGCACGUGGUAUUGCAACAUGGCUGUCGAACCUCAGAAGUCACAUAGGCCUGGGCCUUUAAAACAACAAAACAAAGCACACAAACAUGGAAAACAUAAAAGCAAAGGGCAACUGGAGAGAGAGACUAAAGGUCGAGUAAAUGUAAAAGUCCUUUCUAAAAAGAACCGCCAGUCUAUGAAGAAAGCAGAAAGAAGAAAUCAGGCACUGCAAAUGAGAAAACAGAAGAGGGAUGAAGUUCUGGAAAAGAAGAGAAACAGAGGUGGAACAAAUACACCGCCACACUUCGUGGUAGUGGUGUCUCUGGAUCGGAAUAUAGACACCAAGGUACUCCUGGAUCUACUGAAGGUCGCUGAUGAUUCUGCUGUCGUCAAGCAGAAUGAACAAGGCAUAUUGCAUCUGAGUAUCCCUCGCUUCAAGCAGAGAGUGUCAAUCUUCACACCCGAGUAUGGAAACUUGUAUGCUCUGUUGGAUGCAGCCAAGGUGGCUGAUACAUUAUUAUGUGCAGUGUCCACUGAUAACGUCAUCGACAAAUAUGGAGAACACUGCCUCAGCUGUCUGUAUGGUCAGGGCAUGCCAGCAGCUGUCUUCGUCUGUAAUGGUUUUAAAAGUCUGCCCAUGAAGAAACAAGCUGAAACAAGAAAACUAAUGCAAAGGAAAAUUGAGAAAAGAUUUCCUGCAGAGAAGUUUCAUUCUUUGGACACAAGUCAAGAUGCUCUGCUGGUGGUCAGGCAAUUAACCAAUCAGAAGUUGCGUAACAUCCAGUAUAGGGAUCUGAGGCCACAUGUCAUUGGAGAAGAGAUCAGUUUUGAACUGGAUAAUACUGAGAGUGACACUGGGACACUGAAGGUGACGGGUUACCUGCGAGGAAAGACACUCUCCGUGAACAGACUGGUGCACAUCCCGGGGUGGGGGGACUUCCAGAUGCUGCAGAUAGACGCACCCGAUGACCCCUACCCCCUCAACCUGCACCCUGGGAAACAGCACAGGAAGAAUCAGGAUGUGGAGAUGGAGUCUGAAGACCCCCACAGCGAUGUGAGGGUGCUGGAACGGUGUGACCCAGGCCAGCAGGAGAGUCUGGACAGUGAGGUGCUGCCCGACCCCAUGAUGGGCGAACAAACAUGGCCGACGGAGGAGGAGCUGGCAGAAGCUGAAUCCGAGUCAAGGAAAAAGAUAGUGAAGAGAGUACCAAAGGGAACAUCGGACUACCAAGCUGCCUGGAUCAUAGACAGUGAUGAAGAGGAAGGGGGCGACAGCGAGGAAGAAUCGGAUGAGGAAAUGGAUGCUGACAUGGAGGCUCAGGAGGAAGAUGAUUCUAGUGAGGAAGAUCUGAACGAUGAUGACGACAAAACUGAAUACGAGACCGUGACAAUAGCUGAAGACGACGCCUCGAAGUAUGAUGCUGCUAUGGACCUGGAUGAAGAUAUGCAAAUGCUCGCGAAGCUGAAGGAAGAGAAACAGCAUGUGCAGUUUCCUGAUGAAGUCGACACACCAGCUAAUGUGACAGCCAGAUCAAGAUUUGCCAGGUACCGGGGAUUGAAGAGCUUCAGAACGUCUCCAUGGGAUCCUAAAGAAAACUUGCCCUCGGACUAUGCACGAAUAUUCCAGUUUGAGAACUUCAAACGGACAAAGAAGCGGUGUGUCGAGGAAGACAUGGAUGAAGGAGCCAUGCCUGGAUGGUAUGUCACAGUUCAUGUUGCGAAUGUACCAAAGGCUUUCAUAGAGGGAUAUCAGCCUGGCUCGCCUGUUGUGUUGUUUGGCCUUCUGCCACAUGAACAUAAAGUAUCCAUCGUCCAUUUUGUUGUGAAGAAAUGUGCUGAUGUGGAGCAGCCAAUCAGGUCGAAGGACAGACUCAUCUUUCACGUAGGAUACCGACGGUUCUCGGCCAAUCCCAUCUUCUCUCAACACACACUUGGCUCAAAACAUAAGUUUGAGCGGUUCAUGCCGACGGGCACAGCAGUAGUGGCAACAGUAUAUGCUCCAAUCCUAUUCCCACCUUCUCCGGUUCUGGUGUUUCAGGAAACGGCCUAUGGAGAACAGAGCCUGGUGGCCACAGGUACCCUGCUGUCGGUCAACCCUGACAGGAUAGUAGCCAAGAGGGCCGUGCUUAGUGGCUACCCGUUCAAGAUUAACAAGCGGUCUGCAGUCAUCAGAUACAUGUUCUUCAACAGAGAGGACAUUUCGUGGUUUAAACCUGUUGAGCUGAGAACCAAGUGGGGACGGAGGGGCCACAUAAAGGAACCAUUAGGAACCCAUGGCCAUAUGAAGUGUGUGUUUGAUGGCAAGAUGAAAUCUCAGGACACUGUUCUCAUGAACUUGUAUAAGCGUAUGUACCCCAAGUGGACCUACAACCCCCAUGUGACGACGCCCACGGUGGUAAAGGAAUAUGGUACUGGCAACAUGGACAGUGAUGACAAGGCGGAGGAGGGGGCAGCUUUCCAGAUGUUCCAGUGAUAUGUGAUGUAGCUGUAAUAUUACUGCUGUCAUCUGUCACUGUUUCUUAGUGACCAAAAUACAGGCCCGUUUCUCAGAAAAAUCCUACUGCAAAGGUGAAUGGAACUCCCAUUCUUAAUAUAACUGUACGAAAGUCCUAACUUUCUGUUGGCUUUGUAGACAAGAAAAGAAUUAUUGAGAUUUUGUUACACUUUCCAGCAAGACAAGUAAAUGUAUUUUGUUAUAGAAGGGCAAGCCAUCUUCCUGAAUUUGAGGACAUUUUCUAUUUCAAAACCACAAGCCUGCUACACAUUGGACAUAUUGCGUCUAAAAUUAUUCCAACAAUUGCUCUUUAAAAAUAUUUAUGUCUGGGCUGGACGGAUUGACCAUCUCUUUAAUUCAUUAUCGAUAUACCUGUCAAAGAAUAAUCCGAAGAGCAGAUAAAGUCCAUCAGUGAUUUGGUUGCCAAAACAGAAUGUUACAGAGAUGAUGUAUGGGAUUAUCUUAAGUGUUAAAGCUGUCGUAAAUCUCAUUUGUACUGGGAUUAGUUCUAGGUACGUUUUGCUGUAGGAAUUAACUGAUUUUCAUCCCAGCAAAUAGGAAAUGUGUAAUUAUGUCAACAAUUACGCAGAAGAUGGGCAGGAGCCUGUUCCUUUCAUUUCACUUCAUUGAAAUGCACACAAUGUUGGGUGUAUUAUGAAGAUUGUUUAAAGAAUGACCCCGUACCAUUGUGUAUAUGUAUUUGUACAUAUCUGAACUUGUACAAAAUGUGAAUAAGUGCAUAAAACAUCUGAACUUC